UGGCAACUAACUAUAUGUGACACCGACCCCUCCACAAAACCCAUACAAAGUUGAUAUAUAUAAAUUCCGCAUUCCCAUCGACUUGAUACAGCAAUGGCGAUAGAAAAAGUGAAACAAGGGGUGAAAGGAUGUUGGGAAAUGGUGGUGAAAAUAGGAGGUGAAGAUCCAAGAAAAAUAGUCCACGCAUUAAAAGUGGGAGUGGCCAUGGCUGCUGUAUCUCUUAUCUACUACUUUGAUCUCUUUCACGAUGGCUACUCUACCGGUAGCGGCCUUUACGCCAUGUGGGCCGUCAACACCGUCGCUGUCGUUUUCGAGUUCUCCAUAGGAGCCACGAUUGGGAAAGGAGUCAACAGAACGUUGGCGACGCUGGUGGGAGGCGCAUUAGGAGUCGGGGCACAUGGCGCCACCAGCUUUGCCGGCAACACGCCUGAGUUCAUCAUGCUUGCAUUCAUCAUUUUCUUCAUAUCUGGAGUGGCGACGUUUGGUCGAUUUGUUCCAAAGCUGAAGGCGAGAAACGACUAUUUUUUCCUGAUAAUAAUUGUGACGUUUGGGUUGAUAGCGGUGUGCACUUAUCGUGGCGAAAAGCUGAUAGAGAUGGCGGAGAAAAGGAUGUCUACCGUGUUGGUUGGUUAUGCCACAGUACUUGUUUGUUGCUGCAUAUGCCCCUGUUGGGCCGGCCAAGAUCUUCACACUCUCGUUGCCACUAACAUCCACACGCUCGCAACCUUCUUGGAAGGUUUUGGAGGCGAAUAUUUCGGGACAGGCAAUAAAAGCCAUGAAAUGGAAGGCUAUAGAGGAGUUAUUGAUUCAAAGAGCAUUGAAGAAUCACUGGUGAAUUUUGCAAAAUGGGAGCCUAGGCAUGGGAAAUUCAGAUACUGGCACCCUUGGGAGCACUACCUUAAAAUUGGAAGGCUAACACGAGAAUGCGCGUGCAAGAUAGACGCACUCAACGGCUGUCUUAAGUCGGACAUGAAGACGCCAAUAGAGAUUCGAGAAAAGAUGAAAGAAGCAUGUACAGAGAUGAGCCGGGAAUGCAGCAAGGCCUUGACAGAAGUAGCGGAGGGGAUGAAGGCGAUGAUGCGGUCGACGCAUGCUGAUCCGCACGUGAAAAGGGCGGAAGCUGCAGCCAUGAAUCUCAAAUUGAUGCUCCAGACUCCUCUAUGGGGCGAAGCUCAUGUCAUCGACCUGUGCCCGGCGGCCACCGUGGCUUCCCUGCUCAUGCAAAUUGUUGGUUGCACGGCCAACAUAGUGGAUUCUGUUCAUGAACUCGCCACCUUGUCCAAAUUCAAGAAUCCAAAUGCACUUACGGAUGUUGUGCUCAUUAAUGUUCCCCUAGAUAUUAAGUAAUUAUCAAGGGACACGGCGAAUCUAGUUUGACUCAAAAUGCCAUAUACUCAAAUUCAAUACUUUGUCACCAGUUUAAUUCUAAUAAAGUUUAAUCAAUUUUUCCA